CUUCAAAACGUGUUUUCAACGUUCACAUUAACGCUUAGCUCUACUUAUCUGCAAGUCUUAUAUCAAGUCUUACACAAGUCUUAUAUCAAGAGCAUACAGUUUUUAACUGUGUGAUUUUGCAUCUUAAAAGAGAGAAAUUUUUCGAAGAUGUCCAGUACAUACAUCGCUUACAGUGAAGAGGAGAAACUUUUGCAUAGUAUUCAAAAUUUCCUAGAAAUGAAACAACUGAUGUCGAAAAUGCAAGAAUUUCUAGUCAAAACAGAAUGCGAAAAAUCACAAUUCUGUGAGAAGAUGGGGUUAGACCUCUAUUUGAAGAAAGAUUUUCGCCAAAUCACCGGUAGCUGCCAUGCACGCAGUGCACUUAGUACUUUGUUAAAUCUUUCGCUCGAGCAGAAAGAUUAUGGUGUGAUAACGGCUUUGGAAGAGGAUGCUUUGCCUCUUUGCUAUUUUGGAGAAAAAUUGAAUGUACCAGUAACAAUAGUGCUGCCAAACACAACGUCAUUAAGUAAAAUUUAUGCAUUGGAGCAAUACCAAUAUACUAGCAGCACAUUAUUUAUCCAAGGCAACAAUUCAGAUGAAGCCGAAAGAAUCGCUUCCGAUUUAGCGAUAAUGAACAACAUGUAUUGCAUUAAAAGACAUUUUUCGUGUAGAGAUGAUAGAGCGAGAUUUAUUGGCUACGGAACUAUAGCUAUAGAAAUUGCCGAGCAAGUGCCAAAUCUUGACAUAAUUGUGGUGCCAUAUGACGAACCAAUAUUCACAAGUACUGUAUCGGUCAUAAAAGUUCUUAAACCAUCUGUCAAAGUUAUCAUUGCAGCAGACAAAAGUAUCAAUUCAAUGUCAAUAUCCUCUUCGAAGUUCUUUCAAUCAAUCCAACUAUCACCUUCGACACUGCCGACACCAGAUUCGAUGUCAAGUCAAGUUAUUUCUAUAAGCCCGACAUCAUCUAUGGAGUCAGACAUGUACACGUCAUCAUCUAUAAGUGUAUCCAUACCAACGUUUACGUCAGUUCAAACAUUAUCUUCUGCAGUUGAAAUGACACCAUCUUCUGCAUCAACUGAAAUGUUAUCCUCUUUAACUAAACCGAUAUCAUCUUCUGCGUCAGUUCAAGAGUUAUCCUCUUCCACUAAACUGACACCAUCUUCUGCGUCAAUUGAAACAUUAUCUUCUACAGUUGAAUUAACAUCAUCUUCUGCAUCAGUUAAAGAGUUAUCCUCUUCCACUAAACUGACGCCACCUUCUGCAUCAGAUAAAAUGUUAUUCUCUUCAACUAAACCAAAAUUAUCUUCUGCGUCAGUUGAAGAGUUAUCCUCUUCCACUAAACUAAUACCACGUUCUGCGUCAGUUGAAACAUUACCUUUUACAGUUGAAUUAACAUCAUCUUCUGCAUCAACUGAAAUGUUAUCCUCUUCAACUAAACCAAUAUCAUCUUCUGCGUCAGUUCAAGAGUUAUCCUCUUCCACUAAACUGACACCACCUUCUGCGUCAAUUGAAACAUUAUCUUCUACAGUUAAAUUAACAUCAUCUUCUGCAUCAGCUGAAACGCAUUCCUCUUCAACGAAACCGACACCAUCUUCUGCAUCAGAUAAAAUGUUAUCUUCUUCAACUAAACCGACACCAUCUUCUGCGUCAGUUAAAACAUUACCUUCUACAAUUGAAUUGACACCAUUUUUUCCAUUAUUUGAAACGCAUUCCUCUUCAACUCAACCGACAUCAUCUUCUGCGUCAGUUGAAACAUUAUCUUCUACAGAUGAAUUAACAUCAUCUUCUGCAUCAGUUGAAAUAUUAUCCUCUUCAACUAAACCGAUAUUAUCUUCUGCGUCAGUUGAAGAAUUAUCCUCUUCCACUAAACUGACGCCACCUUCUGCAUCAGAUAAAAUGUUAUCCUCUUCAACUAAACCGCUAUCAUCUUCUGCAUCAACUGAAAUGUUAUCCUCUUCAACUAAACCAAAAUUAUCUUCUGCGUCAGUUGAAGAGUUCUCCUCUUUCACUAAACUAACACCACGUUCUGCGUCAGUUGAAACAUUACCUUUUACAAUUGAAUUAACAUCAUCUUCUGCAUCAGUUAAAGAGUUACCCUCUUUCAUUAAACUGACACCAUCUUCUGCGUCAAUUGAAACAUUAUCUUCUACAGUUGAAUUAACAUCAUCUUCUGUAUCAUUUGAAACGCAUUCUUCUUCAACAAACCCGACACCAACUUCUGCAUCAACUGAAAUAUUAUCCUCUUCAACUAAACCGAUAUCAUCUUCUGCGUUAGUUGAAACAUUAUCUUCUACAGUUGAAUUAACAUCAUCUUCUGCAUCAGUUGAAACGCAUUCCUCUUCAACGAAACCGACACCAUCUUCUGCAUCAGAUAAAAUGUUAUCCUCUUCAACUAAACCGCUAUCAUCUUCUACAUCAACUGAAAUGUUAUCCUAUUCAACUAAACCAAAAUUAUCUUCUGCGUCAGUUGAAGAGUUAUCCUCUUCCACUAAACUAACACCACGUUCUGCGUCAGUUGAAAUAUUACCUUUUACAGUUAAAUUAACAUCAUCUUCUGCAUCAGCUGAAAUGUCAUCCUCUUCAACUAAAUUGAUAGUAUCUCCUGCGUCAACUAAAAUGUUAUUCCCUUCAACUAAACCGAUUUUACUUCCUUUGCCAGAGCAAAUAUCAUUUUCUUCAACUAAACCGACAUCUGUUGGAUCAACUCAAAUGGUACCCUUUUUAAAAUACUCGAGAUUAUUGCGAAAAUCAGUUUCGGGUUCAAAUUCGCUGCAGUUACAAAAAGAAGAGCCAUUAGUUAAUAAAGACAUUACUGUAGUUGUAUUAACGGAUAAAGAGAUAGAUACCUCAAUUUUGAAUUUGUUUGAAAAGGAACAAUGCAUUGUAGACAGAUUUGGUGUGAUGAGUUUAGCGGCUUGCUUAAAGACUGAUGACCCUUCGUUUGAAGCGUAUAAAAAUAAAAGGAUAGUGUCCCUAUUGACCAACUGUAACGACGAUAUAUCCGUUUUACCCAGAAUUAUAGAGCGAGCAUUAUUCGAAGACAAUCGCUUUGUGAAAAUGUCGACAGAAAGUGUUUCGGAAGAUGAAUUGAUCUCCAUUACACAGUUUUUUAAUAUAAUGACAGAGAAGAACUUAUCUCUGAAGAAAAUAACAUGCAAGCGAGAGUUUGUAACGUUUGGCAAGAUGAAAAUUAAUGCUGUCUGUGAGCCGAGUUUUCAAUGAAACAUAGUUUUAGAAAAUUUUACAAAUGCUACACAUGCUCCAGUAUAAUCGAAAGACAGUUAUCGAAUGAUGAACACACUAGCUAGCUAUUUUUACACCAAAUUGUUAAAGUAUCAAGUAAUUAAUUUUUGUACGAUAUUUUAUAUAUAUUCUUCAAUAUUGAUAUCUUUUAUUUU